GCCAUUUAGGCAGUAGCACCAGCAGAGGCUGGAGUCAGUCCAUCCGUAAAAGCAGAAAGCAAGCGAGAGGCUGCAACCAAGCCAACAAAAGCAUUAACCACGGCCCAGGCACUCGGAGAGAAAGCGGGAGAGGAGCAGAGCAGCAAGAGCGCGAGCCACAGAGCGCACGCACAUCCGACAGCAGUAACCACAGAGCGCGAGAGAAAGAGGCAGACGACGGAGCUACAGCCCCUUGAUUAAGGCACGGACACCUUUCUGGUGGAGAAAGCCCACAGCAGAGAGGGUGAACAGCUGGUGCGAUGACAGGCAGAAACUGAAGAGCAUUUGGAGCCUUCUGUUCCUUCACAGAUCUUUCCCUCUAGCUGAGAGCACCAGACUCGCCAAGAAAAAUGCCUGAGCAAAGCAACGAUUACAGGGUUGUUGUGUUUGGGGCUGGAGGUGUCGGCAAAAGUUCUUUGGUCUUGAGAUUUGUGAAAGGCACUUUCAGAGAGAGCUACAUCCCUACCAUUGAAGACACCUAUCGGCAGGUGAUCAGCUGUGAUAAGAGUAUAUGCACUUUGCAGAUAACUGACACUACUGGGAGCCAUCAAUUUCCAGCCAUGCAACGUCUUUCUAUUUCUAAAGGACACGCUUUCAUUUUGGUUUACUCAAUUACCAGCCGACAGUCCCUGGAAGAACUCAAACCCAUCUAUGAACAAAUAUGUCAGAUUAAAGGAGAUGUAGAAAGCAUUCCAAUAAUGCUGGUGGGGAACAAAAAUGAUGAGAACCAAAAUCGAGAGGUGGAGAGCAGUGAAGGAGAAGCCAUGGCCAAGAAGUGGAAGUGUGCCUUUAUGGAGACCUCUGCCAAGCUGAACCAUAAUGUGAAAGAGUUAUUCCAAGAGUUGCUAAACCUAGAGAAACGCAGGACUGUGAGUUUACAAAUAGAUGGCAAAAAAAGCAAGCAGCAGAAAAGGAAAGAGAAGCUGAAAGGCAAAUGUGUGGUGAUGUGAAAUUACACUGCCAUGAGUCAGUCAUGCAGUCUCAUCUGUCUGACAAUACUGGUAUGAAACCUAUAGACAACAGAGAACCAUACAAGACCCUAUAUAUUAGUAUCUGUUUAAAAAAAAAAUUUGAAAAAAUGUGUUACUGUGGUUACUAUUAAAAAGUCAACAAUUCAAACAUCAUUUGCUCCAGCUACCUGUGGAAAAAAAAAUCAGGACAUUAAAAACAAGACAGGCCAGGAUAUCUAAUUUUACAAUAUACAGAAGAAAAUAAUUUCUGUCCUUAGCGUACUGUGGAA